GUCCGCUUCCGGUCUUGCUGGGCUGGCUUCCGGUUUGUCUCGGCGUGUGGUUUUCAAGCCCUGCCUCGUCCCUGCGCGCGCCGAGGCCUGGGUCUUUUCGGUUGCCAUGGCAGCGUACCACGGGGCCUACCGCCCGAGCGGCCCAGCCAGGCCUCAGGAGCAGCAGGAGCAGGAGGGCGGCGGGGGCGUGCUGGGCGGCCUGGGCCCAAGUGCUGCUCCCCGGGGCCCGGAGGGGGCGGCGCGGCGGGGGCCGAGGAGCAGGGCCUGGGCGGUGCUGUGUUGCCUGCUGGCCGUGGCCUUGGUGGCCUUCCUGCUGGCCCUCGGCUGCCUGGUCCUGAAAGAUUUGCGAUAUGAAAAAGUAAGGGCAGAUGGUACAGUAGAAACAAGUAUUUUAGGAUUUUGGAGCCUUCUUGUUCUAUCAUUAAUCGCUGGACUGUCAUGUUGCAGUUUUUCCUGGACAGUGACAUAUUUUGAUUCCUUUGAACCAGGAAUGUUUCCUCCUACCCCACUAUCUCCUGCACGGUUCAAAUUGUCACUGUUACUUGCAUCUGUUCUGAGGCAAUCAUUCACUAUUCUUUUCAUACAAAGGUCAAAACAGAUAUCACAUUUGGCAGAUACAUAGAAGAGAUCUCCAUCAACACCACAUCAGUCAUAAAAUAAAUCUGCCAUGGCACACACUUUUCCUCAAUAACCAUCUUCUAUUAAGUGUGCUUUGUUUUGUCAUUAUUCAUUGGAAGGUAAACACCGGCUUAAUUUGCAAGUCUAAUGUUGACAAAUCCACCUCUGCAGAAAUCCUGUUGUGGGAGGGAAAACAAGCUAACCAUAAGAAGUAUGUACACUCUUUCAUGUUUAAGUUGACUUUCAUUGAUGUAGAAAUUAACCAUCCCCCAAAUAAAUAUUA